AUGAGUGCAAAUAAAUUUUUCAUUCAUUUUUCUCAAUUUCGUGCGUUAUUUUUGAAAACCAUUUUACUGGCUCGAAGAAAAAGAGGUCCAACAAUAAUUGAAAUAUUAUUAGCAUGUGUCUUUCUUGGCUUACUAAUCGGUCUACGUUAUGUUGUUGAUCGUCGAUACUAUGGAUCAUAUCAAGUAUCGCGUUUUCGACCACAGGAUAAGAUGACACUGAACCGAACAAAUGGAACAGCAAAUUUAAUUUAUUAUUACCCAUCAUCGGUAUGUGUUGAUUCAAUUAUUAAUUCAACAAUAGAAAAAUUACAAACAAGUUGGCCGUUAUUUUCUCCCAUUGUUCAAAGUAUAUCAAAUCCGAAUGUUGAUAAUUUACCAAUGGCUACACAACAGAUAAUAUAUGCAUUUAUUUAUUUUACAAAUAUCGGAUCAACAUGUAAUAGUUCAGCGGGAAUGCCAGAUCAGAUAACAUACACAUUGCGAUUGCAGGAAAAUGGUGUUUUUAAUUAUCGAGCUGAACAAACAGUGAUACAACCAACAAAUUAUCUAUGGAAAACAUCUCCAGAAGCUUACUGUCAAGAUACAAGCAAUACUGCCAAUUAUACUGGUGCAUUUUUGGGUAUGCAGUACUUCAUAGAUUUAGCCCUAAUUGAAUAUUCUACAAAUGUUCCAAUGAAUGAUUUAUCGAACGUUCACUUAGAUCAUCUUGGCUGUCCAGCUUAUUAUGAUGAUCAAUUAAAUUCUGUUUAUAACUUUUUUGUUCCAAUAUUCAUUUCAACUAUUUACAUGAUUACAUUUAUUAUGAACGUUGGCUAUAUUGUCGAAGAACGACAUACAAAAACAAAAGAGUAUCUUCGAAUAUUUGGUUUACGUUCAUGGAUAAAUAAUUUAGUAUGGGUUUGUCGAUCAAUGUGUUUCUAUCUUGUUCUAUCAGCUCUUAUAACUGGCCUUGCUAAUGUUGUAUUACCAAGUUCCGGAACCAGAUUCAACAGUGUCAGUAAAGCAUUGUUUAAUAACACACAUUGGACCGUUAUACUCACCAUAUUAUUUAUAUAUUCUAUUCAAAUGUCAACUUUUGGUGUUCUAAUUGGACAAUUUUUUUCUACACGUAAGUCUAAACAGAGCAUAAAAAUAAUUUUGAUAUUUUAAACUCAACUUAUUUGAACUAAAUAAAUUUUAUUUUACAAGCACUUUUUCAUACAAAAUCAUUUUCAUUCUUUAACCGCACUAAACUCGCGUGACUUGUAGAGAAAUUGUAACAGUGAAUUUGGCUUUUCUCUGGUUAAGCGGCAAGACGACGAUAAGUAAGUAGAUCGGUAACCGUCACUGAAGAUCGAAUAUGUCUGAUGUGUACUCUCAACUGUGUUGAGAAAAAAGUUACAGAAAGGCAGAUGAAUUAUGAAACAGGACUUGAUGGAAUUAGAAAGUGAAUUUUAACACGGUUAGAAGUAGACAAACAUGUAAAAAGAAAAUAUACGGCUUGUCCAAGUGUGACGCUGUGACAUUUUUGACACAGUAAUUUGAGCUUUCCUCAAAAAGUGUAUACUAAGUGUCUACUUUUGGUAUAAAAAUGAAGGUAUGUGGUUAAGGACUCAAACUUUUAGAAGCGUUUUUCGGCACGUGACGCUGUGACAAAAAAAGGCUUUAAAUUCGAAGUCCUUCUCGUUAAAAGCUAAUUUGCUGCG